CGAGAAAUUACGAACCCGACUGUAUUGUCCGAAAUUUUUUCACCACGAAAUCGAGAAGGAUAUAUCUUUCAGUAUCGUAAAACUCUUCGGCCAUGCACGAAAGAUGAUUGCGUAAUGCGGAUAAACACUGUGCACACACGGACGACACAGGCUUGAAAAUACAGGGACGGGUCUUGCGCGCCAAGCGUAAAGGAAGCUCUGAAUAAUAAAUACGUUUAUGAAUCAGUUGGUAUAGAGGAUGCUGUCAGUUGAUUGCUCGCUCCUGAGCUGAUACGAAGCAAUUGACGGAGCGCAAAGUGGUUCAUCGGUUAUUUUUUUACUCCUAAUUUUUAUCCCUUUUCUACGUCAAUCGGUGACAAGUUGUGACGUUUUUUGCGUAUCGGUACAAGGAAUGCGAGUUGUGCCGUCAAAGGCCUGACGUUGGCAGCGUGCGAAUAUCCAGAAUUGUGUUCACCGGUUGUAACGAACUUCAGUCGUCUUUCAGGCGAUACAUGUGAAAAUGUCACGGAAAGAACUUGACCAGCGAUGUCAGCUACCGUAAGAUUAAUCGCACACAGUAGCUGACGCAGCGAACACAGACAAUAAUGCCGAUCAUCAUGAAGACUGUGAAGUGAAAAUCCUGUUGCCAAGAAAAAAAUUAUCAGCUUUAAGGACAUCCCGGCACCCCCGGCAUGGGUUGGUUGACACAAUGCGUUUGUGGUGCUCGGAGCGCCGGCUCGGAACCGGAUGUGAGGCAGAAAAGCGCGCGAAAACGUGGGAAAAAGAGAAAAAACAAGAAAGGGGAACAGAAAAAUUCCGCUGGGUCGCCAAAUGUCAAUCGAAACGCCAUCGCGAUCGAACCGGUGGUCCAGAGUACAGAGCUAAAUUCUUCAAACCGGGAUGAAGCUGUCCUGAAGGAUGCGGGCCAUGUGUCGAAUAAUCGACACGUGGAUGUCGAGGCCGGUAUCAAAAAUUCUGAAAAGUUGUCAACGCCGGAUAAAAAGUGUGAAAUAGUUCAUGAAAACAGUGAAUUUGCCGCGGAAUCUUCGUGCAGUAAUUUCUCAUCGUCGAUCGUCGACCAUGAAAAAUAUAUCACCGACGAUCCUUCUUUCGAACAGAUUUCAUUGAACUUCGAUCAUGAUCCUGGAGCGGUAAGACCGAAACGCUGGAGUAUUCACGGCACAGACACGAACAACGGAAACGUAGGAAACCUUGGCUUGAGGUAUUUUAAAAAGACGCCCCAAUCCACCGAGAAAAAUACCGUGUCUGCAGUUAAAAAAUCAUCCACCAAUGCCUCCAAUGAGAACAAAUUUAGCACGACAAGUACGAAGGGGGAUCAUCGCUUCGGUUUUCGCACCGUCAAAGAUAUCGACCUGCAGGACUCGCGCCAGGCGACGGAGGGCGUUUCUACUGCAUUAGGAAGUGUUGACAGAAAAUUAGGACUUUCUUACGUUGUACUGAAACAGACGGAGGAAUCGUCGAGGAACGGUGAUAGUACGGGAAUGGUACCAUUCUCGGGUGACUCUGACGUGGGAAAUUUUGAACGAGCCUACGUCGUUCUGCCUGAAAUUGAACGCGACAAGUCAGCGGAAUCUAAUGAUCCGAAUCAGAAGCAGCGACGUACUCUACAAAACCCGCAUCGCGCAACUAUGCCGAUAUCGAGGCUGCCCCGGUCGAAACCAAACGUCGUUAAGAAAUCGUCGGACUUUCCGGAAAUCCAAACGAACAAGUAUGGAUUUCGGCAACCUGCUGGAAGUCCAGUCACUACGCCGGUCACGGAGAUCAACCGAAGUAGGAACUCGUGCAGCUUCGAAAUUCCCUGGUUCGAUGAUAAAACCGUCACCAAGAAACCUCGUCAAAGUAAAAUCUUGAAACCUCAAGAGAUACCAAAGAUCGCAACGAAAAUUAAGGAAUCUAAUGAAACGGCUCUCGCUAACGAACGAUUGAAGGAACACGGAAAUGGACGCGUUCACUCUGCUAUCGUGUCUGGGGUCAACUGGGAGCAACGGAGUGUCACUGUCGAAUGGUUUGAGAGAGGAGAGACCAAAGGGAAGGAGGUGGAAAUCGAUGCGAUUUUGGCUUUAAAUCCAGAGUUGGUACCGAAAACGAUGGGCCCACCUCCGCCAGUGAAUAAUCACAUGAUGCCUUCUCGUAAUAAGGACUCUUCCGGUGAGGAGGACGACGGCGUUGACGAGUACGAAAACCAGGAUGAAGGCUCGCUCGGACGUUCCGGUGCUCAACAAACCACGAGAAAUGGUCUUAGCUCGGCAACCCUGCCUGUACGAGUUACAUCUCGGCUUUCGAAUACUACGAGAGCGUCUAUUCCAGUCAAAGGUAAGUCCGUUCCAAAUAGACAAAUCACUCGAGCGGGGCGGCCGACAAAUAUAAUUCCACCCAUUACAUCUGUGAACGGACAUGGUGAUUCCAUCUCAGGUCUUACUCGACGGGAAUUGGAGAAUAUCCCACCAACUCCGGUAACACCAGCACCAUCAAGUGCUUCCACUGUGGCAAUGAGCAAGCAGAAACAAUUGCAGAUACAACAGGCUCAACAGCAGCAAUUGCAAAUUCAACAACAACAACAACAACUACAACAACAACAACAAGCUGCCCAAAUCGAAAAUGGAAGAGGUAGACGGUCGAACGUUGUCAAGGAGGUGGAAAGGCUAAAAAAGAACAGAGAAGAGAGGAGGCAGCGACAAGCAGAGCUGAAGGAGGAAAAAGAAGCAUUAAUGAACUUGGAUCCUGGAAAUCCAAAUUGGGAAUUCCUUGCUAUGAUUAGGGAGUAUCAAAACACCAUAGACUUUAGACCACUGCGAGACACAGACGCCGUAGAAGACCAUCAAAUAACCGUUUGUGUUCGAAAACGUCCGUUAAAUCGUAAGGAGGUGAAUCGUAAAGAAGUGGACGUUAUAAGUGUUCCCAGUAAAGAUCAGAUGGUCGUUCACGAACCAAAAGCAAAGGUUGAUUUAACCAAAUAUUUGGAAAAUCAACUGUUCAGAUUUGAUUACGCUUUUGAUGAAACUUGUACCAAUGAAAUAGUCUACAAAUAUACAGCCAAGCCAUUAGUACAAACUAUCUUUGAGGGUGGAAUGGCUACUUGUUUUGCUUAUGGUCAAACCGGAAGCGGUAAGACUCACACGAUGGGUGGAGACUUCAAUGGAAAAACUCAGGACUGCAAGAAAGGAAUAUAUGCUAUGGUCGCUAAAGACGUUUUCAAGUAUUUAAAGUCCACUAAAUAUCGUCCACUGAAUUUGAUAAUCUCUGCAAGUUUUUUUGAGAUUUACUCAGGCAAAGUUUUUGACCUGCUCGCUGAAAAAGAAAAGCUCCGAGUACUGGAGGACGGGAAACAACAGGUCCAGAUAGUUGGACUGACUGAAAAGGUUGUGGAAUCUUGUGAUGAAGUACUGAAAUUAAUUCAACAUGGAAACAGUGCCAGAACUAGCGGGCAAACUAGCGCCAAUGCUAACUCUUCGAGGUCGCAUGCUGUCUUUCAAAUAAUUGCGCGGACACCAGGAACCCACAAAGUUCAUGGAAAGUUUUCUCUGAUCGAUCUUGCCGGUAAUGAAAGGGGAGCUGAUACAUCGUCAGCUAACAGACAAACCAGAAUGGAAGGUGCUGAAAUCAACAAAUCACUGCUGGCGCUCAAAGAAUGUAUCCGUGCACUGGGACGUAAGGGUACACAUUUGCCAUUCAGAGCUAGUAAGCUAACUCAGGUUCUGCGAGAUAGUUUUAUCGGAGAAAAAUCAAAAACUUGUAUGAUCGCUAUGAUCAGCCCAGGAAUGAGCUCCUGCGAACAUUCUCUUAAUACAUUACGGUACGCAGACAGAGUUAAGGAACUAGCUGCAACAGAUCCAACAGAAGUAAAGGCACCAUCGACAGAUGACGAUGAACGAGGUUUAAAGAUAGAAGACCAUUCGAACAACAGCGUUCUAUCGGACAGUGAUUUAGCACAGCUGAGAUCACUUAAUGAGGGAGAGUUAUCGCAGGACUUAUAUACUUUCCAUGAAGCAGUAUCUGCGCUACAGUUAUUAGAGGAAGAAGUUUUGGACACGCAUAAGCUUGUGGUUGACAAUACAACUCGGUUUUUAAACGAUGCGCACAGCGUUUUCAGUGCGACACACGAGGUGGACUAUGAUCAGGAAGGAACCCUUACAGAUUUGAGACGGAAAAGAACAAAGUUUGAGUCACCCUACCUGAGGCGGUUCACAAUACAUAGGCGUCUCAUAGAGAGAAAACAAUUUUCUGAUGCGUACGCCCAAAAGUGGGAAGAACUGUUGACACAGCAGCGUGAUACAUUGAACGCAGCACUGGACCAAGUCAGCCAAUUCAGAGGCCAACUUCUCCAAGAAGAGCAGAUCAGUCAAAAGAUGACGCGCACACGCAACACACGAUACAAUUAAACCUACAUGUCACACUCCCGUAUACAUAAUAAUAUAAUAUGUGGGAUGUAAACGUCACACUCCCAUAUACUAAUAAUAUAUGGGUUGCAUCACCUGAGGGUGAGUUUACACUAUAUUAAUCACAUUCUUAGUUAAAUCUAUGUAUUCCUAACGAAUUCUAUUAGUCGUUAUGUACUUUUGAAUCUAAUCAAAUAAUACUCUAAUAGUGAUGUACGAUAUAUCUAUAUUUUUUACCGAUGUUAGUGUAAAAAGUGUUACGAGUUCCUUAGUGUCACCUUUUUGCCUCAUGAUAAACAGUUAUUGACUACUACAAUAUUCUUGGCUUGUUAAUUAAGUGAUAAAAUUUUAGAGGAUGCUCUUUGAAAAAAUUGUGAUUAGCAAAAUCAUAUAGUGUAAACUCACCAGAAAUCAUUCAGCGGGUUCCAAAUGAGGUGAAACACCCUGACUCUAUCUUCAAAUAUGUGAUGCAUUUUCGAAUUAAUCUUCUGUUAUAAUAUACUUGAGAUAAUGUCAACAGUUUAAUUUUUUUGGUUUUAUUUAAUAACGCUGAAUAAUUUUAUAUAUAUUUAAAAAAUGAUACAUUUUGUCCAACAUGAAAGCCAACUAAGUUUUUUACAAUCGCUAACUUAUUGGAAGCGCAUCUUUAUGAAUAUCUCUCUACAUAAUUUUAAAAAUUGUUUAGCUUACUAAACAAAUCAGCAUCUAUAGACCUUGCUUACUCUGCUUAUUGUUUCAUUUCAGAACUGUAAAAUUGGAUCAAAAGUUCAAGUUAAAAUUAUGGACUAUAAUUAAAAUUUCCGUCAGCUACAAAUUCAGAGACUUAGUAUUGAAUAGUGGUUGAUUAACUCAGAAAUGCAUUGCUGAUAAAAGUUAACUUCAUUACUGCAAAUUUUAACAUAAAGAAAUUAUCAUGUAUUUAACUACUGUACUAAGCAAAUAAAAACCAUAAAUAUAUUUUGUUCUCUGAUAUAAGGCGCCGGUCGUUUACUGACAAAAGUUGCUUACAUGAUGAAUUAUGAAGCAUUUCUCCACCAGUAGCUUCUAGAUACAUUAAAAAAAAGUUAUUCAAAAAAGUAUAUACAGCAAAAAAAAAAGUUUACUUGUAGCUGACAUUCAGACAAGCAGUCCCUUAAUCAAACCAAAACCCAUUUACGACCCAACAUUCAAAGAAUCAUAAUUAUUAUACAUGUAUGGCACUUUCUCAUUGUUACGGUGUGCCCGGUUCUGAGUUUUUCAGCGGUUUUUAAGCUUUUGAAGUACUAAAUGUACAAUAAACGUUUCUCGAGUGCGACAAGAGUGCUUUUGACUUAUGCUUAAGCUGUGAAUUUAAUUUUUUGAUGUAUAAGAUCAUGUAAUAUUAAAUUAAGAUAUUGAUUAGACAUUAGAAAUAUCGUGAAAAGGGACCCAGUGUACCGCCAGACAGUGAAAACAGCCUUAGAAUACCGGUUUAUGGAAACAUAUUACAAGUAGAUCACCAACCCUGUUGCUCGAUUAAUGUAUUUGAAUUUCUGGUUUCUUCAUAACAUGAUAUCAUCAUAUACUCAAGGUCUCAACCAUUCGUAUUAUUUGGCUAUUAUACGACAUCUAGAACAUAAUACAACAAUUCGUUCGUUGGAAACUUGUAUAAAUUCAAGGUACAAAAGCUUUGCCAGUCUACAAUCUCGAUUGUAUCAAAUUAAUCUUUUUAUAUCCACGUAUCUUAAGUCAAAAGUUGUACAUAGUGCUCUUUUGAUUUUGCAUACACUGUAUAUAUUUUUAUUUGAACAUUGUAUUUUCACUCUUGCCUCUAGAUCAAAAAAAUUUUAUAAACUGAAUUGAUAUUAUUAAUGAGGUUAAAUUUUCAAAAUAUCAUUUUAUUACAUCAUGUAGGCUUCAUGGUCUUUGAUUAAUAUCUGUUACAGUGCGCGUAAAUUGUUGGAAAAUUUGUAAUACCUGGAUAUGAUGAAUUUUGUAAUAUUUUUUUACAUUAAGAAACGGUGGUGUAUUCUAUAGGCUGCUUAAAAGUAAGGGUCUCGUUUCUUUGACUGCAGAGUUGGAUAAUCUAUUUAGAUCUUAUUCUAUAGCCGGUUACUUAAAUUUAGUAAACGAAACUCGUAUUAAACCAAAUAACGACUGAUUUCAGAAGUAACUCUUAGCUGUAAGACACUUAUAUAUGUUUCAAUGUGGCUCAACAACGGCCUAAGUAUUGAGUUGUGUAUUAAUAAUAUUAUAAUUUGAUCCAGAUCACUUUCUUUUAUGUAACUGCGGAAUCAUCUAAUUAAUAACUCAUAGGACUUUAAGGAAAUAUGUGUUUUUCUAAGUCGCUUCAUUGAUAAUGUCAUGCAUUUCAGAAGAACUGAGUUGUGCAGUUGUUGGAAGAACACUGGUGUGACAUGAAUGAUUCCGGUAGAUAACUAAAUACUAAUUCAAACAAAUACAAUUUCGUCAAAAUAUAUCUGUAUUGUUAUUAGAAUAUUAAGUCCAAUGAAUAAUCUGUUGCUCUUACAAUUAAAAAAUCGUAAUAUUAAUACUCAAUUCUUCAGCGUGAGCUAAUUAUCACGGGGGUAUUUUUAAUUUUCAAUGUUUCGAUUAAUUAAAUGAAGAUUUUGAGUGUUGCAAUUAUAGAUCUUGGCCAGCUGUCCUCAAUUGAAUAAUAACUGUUGUAUUUUCUCUACAAUCUGCUUCGUUAUAAUAGUGCCAAAUCAACGCAUUAUAUUUAUGUUUAAAAAUUGUGCAUUCGAAGUUUUUGUGACCCCGUUAAAUUAAAAUAUUUGCACAGGUUUACUUUCAAACAGACGAUAGAAAAAUUUCGAUCCCUUGGAAGUUUUAGGAAGUAAACAUGCUGAGUGGAUCUCAGCUAUUUUAAAUUCGAAAAACGUAUUGUUAAGUAAUAUUAUUGAUUGUUAAAACUAAGAAUAUCUUGCAUAGUUAUCAGCUUGAAAAUAUUUCGAUGCCUCAAUAUUCCAUGUGGUUAUUAUAGUAGAAAAAAUGUCACAAAGUUUUUUAUGAGUAAAUUUUGCCCCUGUGAAGCUGUAUUGGAAUAUUUUAUUGCUAACUACAAUUUAAGAUUUUAAUUUUUCAUACCUUUUUAGUCAAACCAAUAGAACAAAGCAUGAUAAUUCACACGCAUUAGUCGAUUAACACUUCCCUAACUGACUUUAACAUAAAUAAACAUGAAUGUUCUUUUCACAUAGAUCGCAAUAUUGAUGAAGCUAAUGUUUACUAUUUAACAAUAAUUAUAGAAUUUAUCCAGCAUGUGAUACAUUUGUCUAAGUUGUGUUUAAUAAAUUCAUAUGAUCACAGACUUGAAGGCAAGUAGAACAAGUUAAUGUAAUAUAUAUCGAGCAAAUUAAAAUGUUGAUAUAUAUAUCCCCGUUCUAUGGUCACAGAAUAUUACAAAAUGGUAAUAAACUGUGAUGGAAGAUUGCUCGUUGAAUGAAGAUUUUAAAUAUACUUAUAAUUUUUUAUAUGCUAUGAUAAUAAUUUAUAAAGUUGGAAAAAAAUAAUUUAACACAGUCGAAGACACUAUUACUGAUAAGACCAUAAGUACUGUAAUAGUGUAUUACAUUACUCAUGAUAUCACAAAUCUCGACUAUCUGCCUCACCUUCACUAGAUCUUUUUUUCUUCAUUCUGAUUGAUAUGCACAGAAAAUUGUUCUGGGUACAUACAUGUAUUAUAAUGACACCAUGUUGUUGCUUGAUGAAUAAAAAACAGAACCAAAACCUAA